AUGAAUAAUAGAUUUGAGAAUUCGUAGGAUUAUGAUUUAGACAUGUGUGGCAUUUCAAGAUCAUAUUCAUAAACUAAAUUACCAAGUCAAAACAAUAAUAAUAAAGAUAAAUUAAAAAAUGAGUUUGUAUAAUAUAUUUUAAUGAUAAAGGUGGAUAAAAACCUAUUAUAAAGAAAGGAUUAAGAAGAUCUGAGUGGUUCAAUAUAAUUAAAUGAUUUAAAUAUUUUGGGAUUAAAAGAUUACUACUCUGGUACAUGUGAUAAUAAUUUGGAAAUAAAACCUAAGAAAAUAGAAGAAACCAAUGAUCGUAUUGAAAUAGAAGCAUAAUAAAAUGAACCAAUAAAUACUACUCUCGAUUAAUUGGGUUAAAAAUUAAAUGAAGUGAUUGGACAAUAUCUUUGUGAACUUACUUCUUAAUCUAGAUUAUCUUUAGACUCAUUUUCCUUAUAAAAUAGUGAAAAUCUUGAUGAAGAACAAUAAUAAUAAAUUUUAGAUCUUGAAUUAAAUGUAAUCAGAUAGCGUAUAUAUAAAGUAUACAUUUCGAUUUAAAUUAGUAAAUUGUUGAUAAAAUCAACCUUUCUGUAAUUUAAUCAGUUUAAUCAAUUGGAACUUCUAGUUAACUUAUAUCUUAAACUUAAUCUAAUUAAAUCUCUACACAUGUUUCCAAAGAACUUAUGAAUAAUAGUACUACGUAGUUUUCUUAGAUUUCAUAAAAAUCACCCCCAAAAUCGCUUACUCAUUCGCUUUUAGAUUUAUAAUCAUAACUUUAUUAGAGCACCUAAUAAGCAUAAGCUAGGCCUAGUAAUAAAAAAACUGAUGAACUCCCAUUUAAUAUUGUAGAUUGUGAAGGAACAAAAGAAGAGUUACAAAAUAAGCUCAAGAUUUCCAUCUAAUUAAAUUAUUAAUAAUCCUAAAUAAAUAGCCAAUUAAGAGAAGAAUUAUAAAAAUAUGAAGUAUAAUAAUUUGAUUAUCAAUUUAGAAAAUGAAUUAACCACAAGAUUCAAUUUAUGAAGAUGAUAUACAGAUCUUAUAAUAAGAAAUUCAAAAUUUGAGAUUAGAAAAUUGUAAACUUAAAGAAAAUUAAUCAAAUAAACUAUGUGAAAGAUGUAAAGAUAGUAUAUGA